CGUUGGACGGCGGCCCCAGACAAAGAGGUGGCUCAAGCUCAAACCCUUCCCCGACAGGCGGUUGGGCCGACGAGCCAGAAGUAGGCGACGCGCUGCCGCCUGAAGGCACACUUCUCUACUUUUUCGCAAUCAAUGCACGUACCUGCGAACCGAAGAUCGUGGAAAAAUUCCUAGUGGGUCCUUCAAAGCAAGUUUUCCACGUGCAAGACCUCUUUGGUGGUGAGGAAGAGGAUACCGACUGCGUCAUUUGCAUGAGCGCCACGUGCGACACGUUUGUGAUGCCUUGCAAGCAUCUCUGUCUUAUGGCCUGGAGAUGAAUGGAAAUAUACAGAUUCCCACUAAUUUGUCCAACAAUCAAUCACUCACAAACGCAAUCAUCCUAGGAUGAAACCGAUCCUCGGUUUUUCGUCCGUUUGUUAAGUUAAAAUUUCCAUCUGCUUCUUUGUCAGUUUGGUUCUCGUAGUUUCUCUUUCUAAUUUUCUCUGUUCCGACUGUGCAAUGACGCUGCAAUUGCGAAUGUUAACGACACAAAACGGCCAGACGGCUGUUCGGUGUCCUUUGUGUAGAGGAGACAUUACGAACUGCAUUAAACUGAACGGCCGAUCGCGAUCAGGGUCAGGUGUACAACUGCCGGAACAACAGCAACGCGGCAACCAAGCCAUACCAAACCACUCGGCUUCUGGAUCUGGGACCACGACCGCUGCACCAUUAAGUGAUGGAACAUCAUCUGGAAUACGUGCAGAAAAUUUGCAGACCGCAGAAAGGAUACUGAAUGAGCCUGAGCCAGCGAAUGGUGGCUCGACAUGGUUGCCGUGGGUCGGACGUGAGAAUUACAGGGAUGGCGACGUCGCUCACAACAAUCCGAUAGUCCGUCGACGUGUCGAGAACUUGAUUGUUGACGCUCGUGGUGGGCAACAAGCAACUGGAACAAGUGGAGAAAGGAAUUCACAACAGCAAGGAGGUGGUAGAACACCAGUUGCUAGAAUAAGUGGCGAGCAACAAAACCAAAUGGAGAUGACGCAAAUAGUAUCAGAAGGAACAGGUACGCAGCAAGCGCCGGAAACUAGCACAAAUGCUCCUGCAGCUUCCCCAAAUCGACUUGCUGCAACAGCAAAUGUCGUUGCCUCGAGAACGAACACGGGCUCUGCUUCUGGUUCCUCUUCAUCGCCGUCGCGCAGGGCUUCUCGAGAGGAAAAUCAAGGAGGAAAUCAAGGUGGAUUUGCUUCUUUAAACUUUGCGGAGGACAUCGCAAACGCCUUCCGCAGCAUGCGAAUUCGUGGCGCAGAAGAACAGAGCGCAAUCCCAGCACGCACCGUGAAACGUAUCAAGGCUGAAUGGCGUAGUCUUGAUGCAGCCAAAGAGAGGCUUCGCAAGGAGGGAUUUGCUUUCGCAAGGAUAUCAUCCUUCUCUCAUACAACAUCAAUAAAUCCAGUCAUGCCGAUUACUUCCAGCGCCACCGCUGCCUCGUCUAGCUCUUCCUCAUCAUCAGCUCCCCCGGACACCUCUCCUGCGCCCGGAGGACCAAGUACAACUGAGGGAGAUAUGCGUUUUUUGCAGGUUUCGAUUUUGACCAGUGGCGUGCCAGAAGACUCUCAUUUGGGCAGAGAAAUGCGACGGUCAGGAGUCGCGCAACUGGAUUUCGAGGUCAUGUUCACGGACCAUUUCCCCAUGGAAGCACCGAAACUCCGUCUGGUGCGUCCUACCGUGUCGAUGGGCUCGUUCUGGGUUCAGAAACAAGGAGCACUCUGCAUGGAAUUACUCUCAUUAUGUAUGAAUACUUGAAAGUCAAAAUCCCUUGAAGAAGCAGCACAUCACGCCCACGUCGUACACUUGAGAUAGAAGAAAAUACAACCUACUAUUUUUUUCGUGUCCAUAAAACUAAAUACAUUGAUAUAUUUUAUAAGAGGGACUAGGUGGCUGCCACUCUAAUUUCCGCGGAUGGCUGGAGUCCGGCUCUGUCGGUAGAGCAAAUGGCAUUUUCAGUGCGCGCGAUGAUGAUGAAUUGCAACUCGGGUACGGUUUACCCCAACACAACAUACGAUGACCGCCAAGCUGCGCAUGAAGAAUCUAAGAACAUUGAUAAGAGCCAUGCUGGAAAUUAUGCGAAUAUGGCAUCGUAGGAUUGGAAGGGGAAUGCGAGAAGUAUUAGAGCUUUACAUGUACUGCUUCUGAUCUGAAAAUGGAGGUUGAUGUCAAGACCAUCAGACGCGCCAGUGCCAAAAUAUGAGAAGGUAAACAAUACGCCACUUUCUUCUUAGCAGGCUUGCCUGUUCAAAAAUCCGCUCUAGGAGACGCAGUAUCUAAAGGCACAUGCUCCCUUUAAUCUUUUUACAUCUAUUAAGUUCCGAGCCACUUACAUGACCCCCUUCCCCGUACUUAAAUCCUUACAUAAGACUUAGUUAAAGAGAUUGUGCAAGUGCUAAUCUUGAUGUAUGAAUGUGUAAGAUGUUGCGUCUCAUUUCUACCCACACAAAAAAUGGACGUCUUUUUCUCUCUCGCAUCAUUGAUGCCACAAGGAACCUGCUCUGGCCCGAGUACAUCAAACCGGACAACUAGGACAAAUUAAAUCUGACCUUUAU